AUGGUGACAAAAAUAAAAGGGAAAUUUAAAAAAGGGGCAUCAAAUAACAAAGAAGCAGGAAUAAGAAAUAAAAAAAAUAAAAAAAAAAAUAAUAAUAGAAAAAGUGACAUUAAUGAAAAUGAAGAAAGCUUAAUUAAGAAAACUAAUAUAAUGGUAAUAAAAAAAAAAGGAAUGAAUUCAGAAAUUAAAGCAUUAAGCAGAGAUUUGGUGGAUUUGUUUAAUCCAUAUUGUGCAGUUUUCUAUAUAAGAAAAUUAAAAAAUUUACAAGAAUUAAAUAAGAAAUUAAAAGAAUUAAGUUAUAAAUACACAGUUUGCUUCUAUAUACAAAAUAAUAAAUUGUUAUAUAGUAUUACUAGUAAUUAUACAAAAUUAUCUUUAACCUUUUCUAUUCAAAGUUAUACCACGUCUACUUUAAUCAAAUCUUUAUAUUUAAAAAAUGUAUAUUGUAAUUUUAAUAAAUUAAAACCAUUACUCAUUUUAAAAAAUUUUAAUAACACUUCAAAUACAGAAAUGUCAAAUUAUCUUAUUAUUACACAAAAUAUUCUUAAAAAUCUCUAUCCAAGUGUUAAUUUGAAUGAGGAUUUUAUGAACAAACCUAGAAGAGUUUUAUUAUAUUGUUACAAUGAUAAUGAUCAAACCAUAUACUUUCGUCAAUAUGCAACCAACUUAAAAAAAAUAUCGUUUAAAAAAAUAUUGAAGGAGGCAUAUAAUGAAGACAUGAGUGGAUAUAAUGAUGUAUUUAAUUAUUUAUCAACCAAAUUGGAUGGUAAACAUUUCAACACUGAUACAAUCUCUCAAAUGUUAGAAAUAGGUCCACGUGUUAGUUACAAAAUUUUCAAAAUUACAGAUCAGGAUAAAGUGAUAUACUCCGUAACCGAUAAAAAGUAA